AAGGUGCUAAUCUUUUAAUCGAUAGUACUGGAACUGUUAUCAAAAUAUCCGAUUUUGGUGCAUCAGCUCGUUUAAGUGGUGAACAAAGUGUUGCUGGUCAAUUUCAAGGUCAAGUUAUUGGUACAUUUUCAUUUAUGGCACCAGAGGUGCUUCGAGGUGAAACAUACGGUAGAGCUUGUGAUAUUUGGUCUGUUGGUUGUUGUUUAAUAGAAAUGCUUACAAGUAAACCACCAUGGCAUGAUGCUAGACUAACAAAUCGUUUUGCUCUUAUGUUUACAAUUGCUACUUCCAAUGCACCGCCUACAUAUCCAAAAGAUUUAUCUACUGAUCUAAUUACAGUUCUAGAUGAUUGUUUUGCACGUAAUCCAUCUGAUCGUCCAACAGCUAAUCAAUUAUUAAAUUAUGCCGUAUUUGCACGUCUUAUUCAUCAACAACAAUCAAUGACUACAACAACGACAUUAGAAGAAAAUAAUUCAUCCAUAAUAUCAUCAUCAGUGCCUACAACAACAACAACAACAACAACAAAUGUGAAUGUUGUCACAGAAAUGUAUAAAAACACCGGCAAAUCAUCGUUAAAAUCUCAAUUGAACUCAAUCAAAUCCAAUAGAAAAUCGUCAUUUAAUUAUCAACGUUUAUUGAAAACAUUUCAAUCGAAUAAAAUUAAUUCUUCCGUGAAUCAUAAAAAAGUGAUUGUCGUUGAAGAGGUGGAAAAUGAACAUAGUGAAUAUCAUAAUAAUAAUAAUAAUAAUCAUGGUGAUGAUGAUGCUGACAGUUUUAGGAAUGAUAGUAAAGUUUUGACUUUAGCUAAACAACUAACACACAGUCACCAGCAUUCGGAUAAAUUUUCGUUAAAACAACAACAACAACACAAUCAAUAUUUUGAUGAUGAUGAUAGUGGACUACUAGUGACUAGACGAAGAAAACCACGACGACCAACUCCUCUAACUGGAUUAAAUUUUCAUAAAAAAUCUCGUUCACAUAAUACUACACGUGUUAAUUUGUCAUCUUUUAAAUUAUCAUAA